AUGGCGCCCCCCCCAUGUUCGACGCCAUGCGAGCUCUGCGAUGACCCUGACGACGCCGUCUGCCAAACUCUUCAGCCUGUGCAGGGGCCUGAGGGAACAAAGCAUUCCCAGGCUGUCAUCGAAUUCUCGCCCCUGGGGCGGCAGGUCCAGGGCCCGCGGCCCCUCCUGCUCUUUGACCUCAACGGCGUGCUGCUGCAGCAUCAUUACCUCGGCAUAGGGCAGCACUCCUUCGACAUGCGCCCUGGCCUGGUCCACAUCUUGCGUCUCCUGCCCUAUUUCCGCCUGGGCAUCUUCACCUCCAGCACUCAUAGGACAGUGCUGAAGUCGGUGCACAAGCUGCACGCCAAGGUCAGCAACACGCUGCAGCAGCUCCUCGCCAGGCGGGCGAGUGAGCGGGCACGGGCAUGCGACGCCGCCGCCUCCUUGAAGGACCCGAUGCGGGCCCAUGCCUGGCCCGAGGCCGUCCCUGCGCAACUCUUCGAACUGGUGCUGACGCGGGACCACUGCAAGCCCGCCAGCGCGGCCGCCAUCGCAGCGCGGGGCGGCAACCCGUGGGACACGGUCAAGCCGCUGGCGCACCACUUCCCCCGCCUGGAUCAGGUGCUGCUGAUCGAUGACUCGCUGCACAAGGCGGCCCCAGGCGAGGCCCUCAACAUGAUCGUGAUGCCUGGCUGGGCCGGGCCGGGUGUAGGAAAGCGCGACGAUUACCUACCUGUUCUCGUUGAAGCCUUACUGGACCUGGCUGCGAGUGAACAGGCCCGGGCCGCCGCUGGGAAGCCCCCGCCGGACCUGAGGCGGCACUCGGGGGCCAUCAGCGCGCGCCUGGCGGAACUCAGGCGUAAUGAUGCUGUGGAUCUCGCCCUCCAUCAGACCUGCGCAGGCGUUGGCGAUCUAUCAUUGUCAGACCAUGUACCUCAGAGGGAGCAAUGA